AUGACAAAGCUGUUUUUGAACACUUUGAGUCCGUUUUACUAUGAAAGAAUAGUUGUAAGUGCUCCUAGUGAUUAUACCGAGAUGGUCAACAUGGGGAUGAGACUAGAAGAGGGUGUAUGUGAGGGACAAUUGAAAGAGAGUGGUUCUUCUAGAAGUUCCAAGAGAUAUGGGAAUUUUUUGUCCAAAAAGAAGGUACAUGAUGCUAAUGCUAUUUCACACGAAAUGCAUAUGAGAUCUCCGAGAAGCAAUCAACGUCAGCAACAUGUGGCGUCAGUUACCCUGAUUAUUAAUCCUGCUCCAGUUGUUCAAGUAACACCAAAUUAUCAACCACGUUUUCAACAACGUACCCAUCAACAGAAUCAUCAACAAAAUCGUGUCCAAAGACAAGCACAAUUUGAUCCCAUUCUGAUGUCCUAUGCGGAAUUAUAUCCUGCUUUGAUACAAAAUAAUUUUGUACAGACUAGAACUCCACCAUCUAUUCCAAAGGAACUCCCGUGGUGGUAUAAAUUUGAUCAUCAUUGUGCAUUCCAUCAAACUUCACCUGGUCAUGACAUUGAAAAUUGUCUUGCUUUGAAAGUUGAAGUGAAGAGAUUAGUGCAAAGAAAUAUUUUGUCUUUUGAACACUAUGGUCCUAAUGUACAAGCUAAUCCGUUGCGUAAAAAUGGUGGUGCAACUGUGAAUAUGGUUGAGGGAUGUCCUGGAAAUUACUGUGUCUUUAAUGUCAAUCUGAUUAGAAGAUCCUUGGUCGAGAUGCAUGGAACUUUGUGCGAGCUGAGUUAUUAUGAGAACGAUCAUGUUUCUUGUUGUAUCUGGUCAAGAAACCCUCGAGGGUGUUCUGUGGUAAAGAGAGAUUUAGAAGAGAUGCUGGAUGGAAAUCUUAUCCAGAUUACCAGAGAUAGGGACGAAGAUGAGCAUGGUGUGAAUGUCAUAGUUCCUCACUUCAGUAUCCCCGAACUAGUUAUGGUUGCUUACAAUAGUCAAAACUCUGCUGCUUCUCCUUUGGUUAUUCGUCUAGAGGGUCCUGCACCCUAUGAAUCUAACAAAGUUGUUCCUUACAAAUAA